UUUUACUCAAUUUUAUUUCUUUGUAAAUAAGUUCAUUUAAUUUAAAAAGUUGUAGAAAUAAAUCUGAAAUAAACGUUUUAUUGGUAUAAUUAGUUUGUGAAGUAGAAAUUCUGUUGUUACUUUUAAAACGUCAUGUCUGAUUGGAACCAACCUGAUGAAGCUGAAUCAGCUCCAUUGAUUGCUGUAAUAGGCCGUGGAAGAGGCCGGGGAGCAAGAAGUAUUUUCGAGAGUCGCGCAUCAUCAUCUCGAAGACAAACUGAAUCUCAACCAACUGUAGAAACAACAAAACAAUCAAAGAAAAUUUAUUCUACAAUUCCGGAUUCUGCUAGAAAUUCAAAGCAAGGAGUAAGUGGGACACCAAUAACACUUUGUGCAAAUUACUUUAGAUUUCUGCUUUCAAAGCAAUUUGAAUUUAAUUUAUAUCAUAUUGAAUUCGAGCCCAGUGUUGAUUUAGUUGGUCUGAGAAAAUUUCUCGUAGCACAAAUUUCCAAUGACCUUGGCGGAUAUUUAUUUGACGGUCAAAGUCAAAUUUAUGUUACAAAGCGCUUAGCACUUGAUGAACAGAAAUUUACUGUUUUAAGCAAUGAUAAGAAAACAUAUCGACUUAAUAUCAAGAAAACUGGCUUAAAAAUUGAAAUGGAUGAUGUUCAAAGCACUCAAAUUUUAAAUAUAAUUUUACGACGUGCAAUGGAUGCCUUGGAUUUGCAGCUUGUUGGUAGAAAUUAUUUUGAUCCUAAGAACAGAGUAAAGUUAGAGAACUUUAAAGUUGAACUUUGGCCUGGCUACAUUACGUCAAUUCGUCAACAUGAACAAGAAGUUUUAAUAUGUUGUGAGGUUUCUCACAAAGUUAUGAGAAAAGAAACAAUUCUCGAUAUCAUGAGGGAUUAUAUGCAAAAGGAUUCAAGAAAUUGGCAAGAUUCUUUCAGAAAGGACAUUGUUGGAUCAACAGUCCUUACAGAUUACAACAACAAAACGUAUAAAAUCACGGAUGUCGAUUUUAAUUUAUCGCCUCGAAGUACGUUUCAAAGGAAGAAUGAACAAGUCACUUAUCUUGACUAUUAUAGUCGUUAUAAUAAAAACAUCACCGAUAAAAAUCAGCCAUUGUUGCAUUCGCUUGUCAAGUCGAAAGAUAUUCGAAGUGGAAAGUUAGAUGAAAAGCUUGUUUAUUUAAUUCCGGAAUUGUGUCGAGCUACAGGUUUAACUGACAGUAUGCGCAGCAAUUUCACUAUGAUGAGAGCUAUGGCUGAACACACACAAAUCGGUCCACGAAGUCGAAAGGAAAGAAUUCUUCAACUUGUUAAAAGUUUGGAAAAAUCAGGAAAAAGUGGAAAAUUACUUCAGAAUUUUGGUGUUGAAAUCGAUCAAAAUUUGUUAACAUUUCAAGCUCGUCAAGUUAAUCAAGAAGUUGUUUUGUUUGAAGGUGAUGGCAAAUUUCAAAACACGAGUAAAGUUGAUUGGACGAAUGCAUUUAGAAGUUUCAGAAUGUACAAAUCUGUUCCUUUAAAGCGUUGGCUUUUAGUUUAUCCUUGCAAGUGUUCAGAAGACGUAAUGAAAUUCCUUGAAACAUUAAAAGAAGUUGCAACUUCAAUAAUGUAUGAAAUGUCGUCACCGAAACUUGUUGAACUUUCUGAUGAUCGUACGAAUAGUUAUGUUCAAGAAUUGAGAGAAUAUUUGCAAAAGGAUCCAAAACUUGUCAUGGUUGUUGUUCCAUCUGCAGCUGCUGAUCGUUACGCGGCUAUAAAAAAAUUGUGUUGCAUUGAAAAAUCGAUUCCAUCACAAGUUGUUUUAAGUAAGAAUUUAUCACCAAGGAAAGGAGGUUUGUCAAUAGCAACGAAAAUUGUGAUUCAAAUGAAUUGUAAACUUGGUGGAGCGCCAUGGAUGAUAAAAAUUCCACUCGAUGGAAUUAUGACCGUCGGCUUUGAUGUAACUCAUGACACGAAUAACCGAAACAUGAGUUACGGAGCUUUUGUCGCUUCAAUGGAUCUGAAUAAAAGUGUAAAGUUCUUCAGUACUGUCAAUUCACAUGCCACUGGAGCGGAAAUAUCACCAAUAAUUGGCUCGAAUAUGAUUUCAGCAUUGACACAAUUCAAAGAGACUCACAAUUCUUUACCAUCGCAGAUCUUUUAUUAUCGUGACGGUGUCGGUGAUGGUCAGAUUGAACAAGUUCAUUCAGGAGAAGUCAAGCAGAUUGAGAAGACAUUAGUUGAGUUUUAUAACAAGUAUGGCGAUGAUACAAAAUUGAGAUUCUGUUUCAUCAUUGUUAACAAACGUAUUAACACGAGAUUCUUCCACGCCAGAAGCGAUGACAAUGUCGAAUCUGGAACGAUUGUUGAUUCAACUGUCACUUUACCAGAACGUUAUGAUUUCUAUUUGGUCAGUCAAUCAGUUCGUCAAGGAACUGUCGCACCAACAAGUUAUAACAUUAUCUACGAUACAAGCGGCUUCUCACCUGAAAAGAUUCAAAGAUUCACUUACAAAAUGUGUCAUCUUUAUUAUAACUGGAGUGGAUGCGUUCGUGUUCCUUGCGUUGUCCAAUAUGCCCACAAGCUGGCCUUGUUAGCAGGUGAACAUCUUCAUCAAACACCUAGCAGUUCAUUCGAAAAUCAAUUAUACUUCUUGUAGAUGAAACUGAUGAAAAGUUUGAAGUAUUUUUAAUAUGUAAUUUGUGUGGAAAACUUUUUCACUUUUAAACUGUGAAUUAAUUAUGUUUUUUUUUUAAAGUAAGUUCAGAAUUUCUUGUGGAUUCAUUUUAAAGUUUGUGAAAUUUUAUCUUUUAAUUGCUAUGAAGUUUUAAUUACAUACUCAAGGGUUUUUAUACAUAUUUAAAUAUAAUGUUCUUAUUCAUAAAAUAUUGAAUAAAUAAAAUGUCUUUUUUAUUUGCAAUUUAAAGCUUUUAAUAUUCGAAUUUAUUGCAACAAUUUUGGCAACGAUAACCUUGGCUCAUGUCGACUAUGUA